CGAAGGAAGAAAUUCUGGAUUUAACAUUGUGUCCGGAACAUCAAUGGCAUGUCCACAUGUAUCCGGUGCAGCAGGAUACAUCAAAUCCUUCCAUCCUACUUGGUCACCUGCUGCUAUCCGAUCAGCACUGAUGACAACAGGCAUCCGCUCGGGAGUCACAACAAGUGACGCAGCAAGUUCGUACCGUACCACCCACUGGUCCUCCGAAGCCAGCGGGAAAAAAAGGCGGUGCUUUUGUGCCUCGGUACCGGUCGACGCUCGCAACAAUGGUUGAUAUUUCCGAUUUGAAGGAUGGUGCUUUACGUGAAAUCGUUAUGGAUGAGAGUGUCUUCGGUAUUGAAUUCAAGUCACUUAUUACACUUGAUGACUUGGAGGAGAUUUUUAAGCAUGAUCAACUAGGCGUCAAUAACAUGCACUCAUACAUCCGGUUGUUGUAUGACAGAGUGUUGCGCGGGACUCUGUUGUCUAACAGAUUCCGUUUCGUGUCUUCCGCCCACUGCAGCGGAAUGGCAAUUGCUUUGGAACGGGAAUCAGUUAGACAGCGAUUAGUCGAUAGAUUCAUGUCCACCGGCAAUACAGAAUGUCUGCAUCUUUGGGCGUAUAAUACCCGACCAGUAGGAGCACACUGGUUGCUGCUUGCUAUCAACCCUAUAAGGGAAGUCGUUUAUUAUCUGAAUUCGGUAAAUGGUGAAUGGACCAAUUAUCCGGCCAUGAAGGACAUCGUUGAUUUAUCAAUACAAGUGUUCCGAAGUCAACGGGACGCACAGGUAUCCCAAACUAAAUCUAACAACAUUACUUGGAUCCAAGUGCAGUGUCCGCAACAGCGAAACAGUUACGAUUGCGGAUACUUUGUAUUGAGGUUUAUGAAAGAAAUCCUUCAGGCAAAUCAAUUAGAGAUUCCGCUCACGAACCUUGACGAAUUCCGUGCCGCUGGAUACCCGAAACUUAAGUUGGAAGAAAUAAAAGAGGAUUUGUGUCAUUUUUAUAUUAAGCGCUUUUUCAUGAAGGAUUUGUGUCGAAUUGAACUAUAAUAUUAUUGAUGUUGUAAUGAUGUAUAUAUAUAAUUUUGGAUAUUAUAAUGGUAUUAUAUUAGUAUAUAUAUAUAUAUUGUCUUACUGAUGGCUGAAAUAAUAUCGUCGAAAAUAAAUUACAGGUCGAAAAUAUUACAGGCUGAAAACAUAUUACAGGUCGAAAAUAUUACAGGUCGACUGGGAGGAUUAAAUUACAGGCUGCACAUUAAAAUACCUCAUUUAGCAACGAAAGCGCUUUUAAAA